CUGGCAGUUGGGAAGACUCUUUUAUGAAAAAUUAAAAACCACAAUCUUUCUUCUUAACAUUAGAGAUAGUGUAUCAACAUCAAGGAUCAAUACCUUUUAGUAAGUCAUAAUACUAGAAAGAGAUCAAGUGGGAAGAAAGAAAGAAAAUACAAAGAAGAAGAGAAUAAGGAAUAUAUAUAUUUGAGGAAACAAGACUGGCAAUAUCCAUCUUCAACAAUUUUUUAAUUCAUCAAGAAAACUUCUUUUCAAUAACUACACUGAAUCUCAAAUCAAUAAGAAUCAAUAAUACUAACUACAUCUAUCAGGUAAUAUUUCAAAAUGGGUAUUUCAAGAGAUUCUCGUCACAAAAGGGCCGCUACUGGUGCCAAACGUGCUCAAUUCAGAAAGAAGAGAAAGUUUGAAUUAGGUCGUCAAGGUGCUAACACCAAAAUUGGUACUAAACGUAUCCAUUCAGUCAGAACCAGAGGUGGUAACCAAAAAUUCAGAGCUUUAAGAGUUGAAACUGGUAACUUUUCAUGGGCCUCAGAAGGUGUUGCUAGAAAAACCAGAAUUGUUGGUGUUGUUUACCAUCCAUCUAACAAUGAAUUGGUUAGAACCAACACUUUAACCAAAUCAGCUAUUGUCCAAAUCGAUGCUGCUCCAUUCAAACAAUGGUAUGAAACUCACUACGGUGCUUCAUUAGGUAAAAAGAAGGGUCAAGCUAAAGCUGCUGAUGAAGAAGAAGUUAAAAAAUCCAGAAAAUUAGAAAGAAAAUUAGCUUCAAGAUCUCAACAAGCUAAAAUCGAACAUGCUGUUGAUGCUCAAUUCGGUGCUGGUAGAUUAUACGCUGCUAUUUCUUCAAGACCAGGUCAAUCAGGUAGAGCUGAUGGUUACAUUUUGGAAGGUGAAGAAUUAGCUUUCUACUUAAGAAGAUUAUCUGCUAAGAAAUAGAUUGUUUAAUAGUUUCCCACUCAUGUAUCAUCAAAUUUAAAAUUUUUACGGUUUAAUAAAAAUUGGAGUUUGUAGUUUUUGAAAUU